AUGGCUGCUCCAUACUUAUCAGUAAUCAUUCCCGCCUACAACGAGUCGGCGCGGAUAGUCUCCACUCUGGAGGCGGUAUCAGUGUACCUUCAGAGGCAGGCAUACUCUUGGGAGAUCAUCACCGUUGACGACGGCAGCGACGACGCCACUGCGAAGAUUGUCGAACAGUGGUCGUGCGGGAGGGAAGAAUUCAGGCUGGAGCGCAUACGCCACGGCGGCAAAGGCGCGGCGGUCAGGCACGGAAUGCUCGUGGCGACGGGGGAAUACCGCUUCAUGUGCGAUGCGGACCUCGCCAUGCCCAUAAGCCACCUUUCCGAUUUUCUCGGAUGUAUGUCGGAAGGGAACGAUGUAGUCAUUGGAUCGCGCCAGAUUGCGGGUGCGAAUCGCUAUGGUGAAUCGCACUUCCGUCACCUGCUUGGUCGUGCGUUCAACAAGACGGUGCAGCUCAUCGCGGUGAGAGGUUUUCAGGAUACGCAGUGCGGUUUUCAAGUGUUUCAGCGCGAAGGCGGCGGAGUUGCUGUUUCCGAUGCAGCGCACUUCUGGGUGGGGCUUCGAUGUGGAACUGCUGUAUCUGGCACAACAACGUGGCUUGCUAGUUCAGGAGAUUCCAAUCGAAUGGCGGCACGACGCGGACAGCAGACUUAG